CCUCCUUCUCUUCUGGAAUAGUAAUUACCUCUUCGACCCGAGCCGUCCUCUCAGUCGCCGUGGGACACUGGCGAUAGCAACUCCCAGAACCCAGGGACAUGUCCGUAACUCGUUCCUGACAGUGUCCGCGCGGCGGUAUCAUCCUUCCUCCGAUAGAAAUCAUUUCUACGCGCAGAGAGACGUGACGCCGUGGUACAUCGCAGGGAUAAUAGCCGCGGCCGGGAUUCAAUCAAAAUGAAGUUCUCCUGGUGGCUUGGAUUAUUCGCCCUCUUCCUGGCAACGUACACUUGCCAAGGAUCUACUCUUGGCGAGAAAGUAAAAAACUUCUUCGGUAUUUUUGGCAAUAAACCUCCGGAUAGCGCGGACGCGCCUGGGCCAUGUUUUUGCAGCUGCGGCGUGCGAAACGAAGAGAGUCGCAUAGUCGGCGGUCAAACGACUCGCAUGAAUGAAUUCCCGUGGAUGGCCCGACUUUCGUAUUUAAACAAGUUUUACUGCGGCGGGACAUUAAUCAACGAUCGCUACGUUUUGACAGCAGCUCAUUGUGUCAAAGGGUUCAUGUGGUUCAUGAUCAAGGUCACGUUCGGCGAACACGACAGGUGCGUCGAGAGAGGAUUCGAGACCAGAUACGUGGUCAGAGUGUUAACCGGCGAUUUCAGCUUCCUCAAUUUCGACAAUGACAUCGCGCUGUUGCGUCUCAACGAACGAGUACCACUCAGCGACACCAUUAGACCCAUAUGUCUCCCGUCAGUAAGAGGUACUCACCGUCAAUCAAUUUUAUAUUACCUAACAACGAAAAAGCCUUUGGACUCUCGAAGAGAUGCGGGUAACGAUAAUACCGCUAUACAAGAGAAACCGACUGAUCGAACGGGGCCCAGUACCGUUUUGACAGUCGCGCGAAAAGCCAUGAAGCCGCAAAACUUCCUGAAAUGCCUCGUCUGCGGUCUCCUGUUCACCUUCGCGCCGAAAUCGAUUCGUUGCGACGAAGCCGGCUUCUCCGAAACGAGCGACGAUUUGAGAGAAACGCGCGGCGUUCUAGACUUCCUAUUCGGCAGAUUCAAAACUUGUGGCAAUUGUCUUUGUGGACGACCAAAUCGGGUCGGUGAAGCACGAUUCCUCGGUGGAGAAUAUACAAUACCGCACGAGUUCCCAUGGCUUGCGAACAUUCACGUGAGAUCGCAGUUGCUUCUAAGCGGAGUCCUGAUAAACGAUCGUUACGUGCUAUCGUCCGCGAGCCAACUUCUCGGUGCCACGGCACCAGAGAUAAAGGUAUCCCUUGGAGAAUAUGAUCGAUGCAAUCUGGACGUAUCCUCGACGACGGUUAGCGUCGAAUCCUUAAUCCUUUACCCAGAAUAUAAUCCGGAGUCUCAUGCUCAUAACUUAGCGUUAAUUAAAUUGAGUCAGACAAUUAAAUUCAACAGAAGGAUAUCGCCCAUUUGUAUGCCAAAUCCAGGUUCAACGUAUCUCGGGCAAGUCGGAACGCUGGUUGGAUGGACAGUGGGAAAUACAGAGGACAGAAACAAGAAUCAAACUUGUCGACCACGAAAAUUGGGCCUUCCGAUUUUGGGUUACAAUGAAUGCAUAAGGUCGGGAAUUAAUCUUAUGAAUUUCCACAACGAUUCCGGAUGCGCUGGCAUACUAGGCGGAAGUUCUAUUGUGUGCGAGAAUGACGACGGAUCUUCCGUACAAUAUCGUUCGUACGUUGGUGUUUAUGAUCUAAUCGGCAUCAUCUCAGAUGUUAACAAAUGUGAUCGCAGUCCCGCAGUCUCGGUAUUCACGAGAGUCGGACCGCAUUUAAAUUGGAUACUACAACAGACCAAAGAUGCGUGCUACUGUCCAAAAUGACAAAACGCGUUCUAACGAAUUUUAUUAUAAACACUAUUCUUGGGAAGGGUAAAUAAAAUGAAAACAGCAUUCGCGUUUUGUUGUA